AUGAAGGUCCUGUUUCUGACUUUGGUCCUUGGUCUGGUCUGUUCUUGCCAGGAGAGUCCAGCUGGGCCACACCACUCACAGCUUUCAGGAGAAUGGAAAACCCAUUACAUCGCCUCCAAUAACCCAGAGAAGACCAGUGAGAAUGGGCCAUUCAAUGUUUAUCUUCGCAGCAUCAACUUUAAUGACAAAGGGGACUCCCUUGUCUUCCACUUCUUUCUCAAGCACAACGGGGAAUGCAUAGAGUCGUCUGUUACUGGAACACAGAUAGGAAACAACGUUUACACGGCUGACUAUUCGGGAGUCAAUCGAUUCUCCUUUAUUCUGGUGUCCGACGAUGGUCUGAUAGUGAUUUCUGAAAAUGAGGAUGAAGCAGGCAAGACAUCCAGACUCAUCGGGCUCUUGGGCAAAGAAGAUAAUGUCGACGAUCACGACCUGGAGAGAUUCAAGGAGGAGAUUAGAAAAUUUGGGAUUCCAGAGGAAAAUAUUGUGGAUUUCACCAAGGGUGAUGACUGUUAGACCCAGUGAAAAAAGAGUGAUGUCAACUCCACCUAAUUGU